AAGUAGCUCGUCGCGCUGGUGAGCUGUAGUGUUUCAAUUAAUUGCAUAACAUUUGGCUUUCCGGAUAUGGGCAAAACAACAAGAGGAAAACAAAGAGAAGGAUGUAGAAGAACUGUCGACGAUAGGUGGUGUAGAAAGAGCUCCAGGAUAUAUCUCAAAAGCCACCAUUACUGCAAAAGAUAAGACCGCCUAUAUCUAAUCAGUCAUCACUGACUUAAUGACUUGUACUAUUUUGUUAGCGGAAGCCAGUCACGACUUUUCUAGAUGGGUACAGCCGCAAUCCAUCCAUGUUUGUCACUUAUCACAACUACGUAAACACGUACGGCAUGCCUAAAGCCAGAUCAUUUUUCUUGGCCCACAUUAACUUGCCUGUAGGAUCGAGUUGAGAACCCGAAGCUACCAGGCCACGAAUUCCAUCACCUUCACAUUUCCUAGAAACCCAUCUACAAGGACUUGUGCUAGAUGUGCAUGUCGUCAACAUUAUACUAACUAGCUUUGUCUUCAAUCGACAUGACUGGAACUUUAUACACACGGACUAAAAUUUGCAGUCUUCUCUUUCUCACUGUGCUUUUAGAGAUUGUGCAGAGAUGUGACAGUGGUGUUGUGGUGUCUCUACGACUGGGUAGGUUUAUCAAUCCGGGUGGUAGCUGCUGCAACGUCAGGCAUGGGCAGUGCGAACCAUGUUACUAUGAGUUCCAGGUCUGCGCCACAAGACUAUCAGGUUACGCCUACACAUCAACGGGCGAUCUCUUCUGUGAUUACGGACGAUGGAACACCGGUGUGAUACGAUCACGCGAAGAUUCCAGCGAAGAUUCAAGCGAAGAUUCCUUCUUUCUGCCGUCAAGAUUUCCAAGCGGCCAUCCGAAUCCGCUGAAAAUCCAAGUACCAUACUGGGAGGGUCGAAUUCGAGUGACGAUAAACGUGAGGGACGUCGGUAUGUGGGGCUACCGCAAUGAUCCGGUGAGCGAGUACAUCUUUUCCCUGUCCGAGUGGACGCCUGGGAGAACGGAACUAGAAAGUCUUACUCGCAACUGGCUGUUUGUCAGAUAUGGUUUGAGAUUGGAUGUGCAGUACGCUGUAUAUUGUCAACCGAACUUUUACGGCCAUUUCUGCAGGGGCCACUGCCAGCCUCCUACUUACUAUGACCAAUAUACGUGCGAUACCAAUACAGGUCGAAAGAUAUGUCACAGAGGGUACACAGGAUAUAACUGCAAGCAGAAGAUUUUACCGACAACUUCGUACCCAUGGUGGAGGACUACCACAAGAAGGCCAUUGCCCCCAAGAAGGUUGAUCACGACGGUGGCACCUAUAAUUACAUCAACAGAAUCUACAUCCUCAUCUUCUACCACAAUAACCACGCCUUACGUCACAACAAACACACCCGCCUCUACAACGAAGUCACUCACCUCUACAACACACACGUUCAUCUCCACAACGCGCCCGCCUUUCUCCACGACAGAAACGCCCACCUCUACACCACAAACGCCCACCUCCACCACCGACACGCCCACCUCCACAACAGACACACGCGCCUCUACAACACACACUCCCUCCAUAACAGCAACGCACAUGCCUACUCCUUCAAAACACAUUCUCACCUCCGCAGCGGACACGCCUACCUCGACAACAGAUACAAUCACUUCGACUGUGGACACGCCUUCCUCAACAUCGCAUAACUCUACCUCCGCCACCGUCACGCACACCUCCAUAACAUCCACACCCACCUCAACAACGUACACGCCCACCUUAUCACCAAAGGGGACAACACAAGAUGCUAAAACGACAAAAAUAGUAGCUUCAACAGCUCAAACAACGCCACCGCAAAAAAUAACUACGAUUGGGAAAAAACAAGCAACAACCGCGAUAAGUAUAUCCAAUACAACUCCAUCUACACCACAAUCUCCGAAAGCCACUCCAACUACACCUGCAUCCUCAACACUUGGGCCAAGUACUUUGAUUGGAGAGUAUGUUACUACGGAAAUUUAUUCUACCAAUGCUAGAACUGAUGCAAAUGUAACAGCCGAACAUAUAACAUAUCGCGCAAACGAUUCCGCUCCUCCAAACACGCAAUCUUCAUCGGCAGCGUAUUUGAAAUCCUUGACAACAGUUUUUGACCAAUAUGUCACGACGGAUACCGUCUCCUCUGAAACGCGUGCAGUCUCCUCAUCUACAGAAUAUUCAGAGAUGAAAAACAAAUCGUCACCUUCUCCUACACAACCUACUUUGCCUGGAGAAGAUGUAUCCACUGUACCAGAUGAGACUACAGACCCUUCGAGUGUUGCCACCGAUGGAGGAUACAAGACUGAUUUCUUGGCGCACACCUCAGAGGAAACUUAUACAGAGGUAUCGACCGUUGGAGAAUCUACGACGAUCACAGCUUCCACGUUGAAUACCAACAUUAUAUCCGUUUCAUCAGGUCAAGUAACGCGUCGACCAACGCCAAAGGUAUCAAAGAAACCAACAGAUCGCCGUCGACUAAAAAAUGAAACCACGACUGCCAAUCCAACUAGCACAGGCAAUCCAAUGUCAACCGUGAAUGUCACUAACUUGACCUUGCCUGCAUCAGUUUCCAUGGUGACCGAACACGCACCUGCAUUGUCAACAUCAGUGUCGAAUCAAACAGAUAUCUAUACUAAUUACAGUGACAUAGCAACGCAAACCAUGACACCCGAUUCCACAGAUUCGAAAACGGUAGGUUCUACGUUCCCUCAUCAUGAUACAUCAACUGAUGGAAUGUUUUUCACAGAUUCAAUUUCACAAACCAGCCCUGAGAGGGCGUCGUUACAAACUGUGGUGACGAUAUCGAACGGAACGUUAACAGCUACAAAUUCUACGACGUCGACUUCUUCAUCGCCAUCGACAUCGCAGGUAGUCGCAACUACUGUCGCUACAUUAAAUUUUACGCAAGCAAGACAGCCGACUGGUCUACAUGGUAAUGAUCACUUUCCAAUAAGGACAAUGUCUUCAAAUGUGUGUUGGACGUGGAAAUCAAAUGAUGUGAAAACGAUUUGUAAUUGCGAUCAAAGGAAUCUGCCCAAACUUCCGCCUAUAGACGCUUACUGGGGAACCUCAUUAAGAACUGGAAAGCCAAAAUUCAUCCUUGGAAAAGUAACUUUAAAUUAGAUAUGGUCGAGAUUUUGUUGGUGAUGGUUAUCAUGUUUCUUCACUUUGCCUCAGUAUUACAAACAAUAUUUAUGCUAUAUAUGUUGUCACGUAGAUGCUAUGUUGUUAUAUUUUAUUAUAGGGUAUGAGAGGGGGAGUAAGAUGAGCAUCCUUCCCGCUGUUGAUUUAAGACUUGAUUUUUGUAAACGGUAAUAACACACUUAAUGGUAAAGACCAGUUCUGGUCAUGCAAUUGUAUUGUGAAAGAAGCGUUGUGGAAUCGAUCAGAAAAGGUUUAUCAUCUAGCAUAUAAUUAUUGGUGUGUACU